GCAGCACACCUGCACCCAAAACUCUCAAUCUUGACUGUGCGCAUCAAGAGCCACCCAUCGCCUCCAAACACCGGGAAAACCACUCGGAAAAGACCCCCACCAAGUCCAAGACACCCGGGACCGAGCGAGCGAUCAUGAAGGCCGGGCCUCCGCCGCACGUUGCCAUGCUAGCGACGCCGGGGAUGGGUCACCUGAUCCCGCUGGCGGAGCUGGCGAAGCGCCUGGCGUCGCGGCACGGCGCGACGGCGACGCUCAUCACCUUCGCGUCCACGGCGUCGGCAACGCAGCGCGCGCUCCUGGCCUCGCUGCCGCCCGCGGUGUCGUCGCUCUCCCUCCCGCCCGUCGACCUCUCCGACCUGCCACGGGGCGCCGCCAUCGAGACGCGCAUGUCCGAGGAGUGCGCGCGGUCGCUCCCCGCGCUCACGCGCCUCCUCUCCGAGCUCGGGGAGACCAUGGCCACCGCCACCGGCACCCGCCUCGUCGCGUUCGUCGCCGACCAGUUCGGGAUGGACUCAUUCGACGCCGCGCGCGACGCCGGCGUGCGGACGCGCUGCCUCUUCAUACCCAUGAACCUCCACGCGCUCUCGCUCGUCCUCGACCUCCCGGACCUCGCGGCGUCCGUCCCCGGCGAGUUCCGGGACCUCGCCGAGCCGGUGCGCCUGCCCGGCUGCGUGCCCAUCCCGGGGUCCGACGUACCCUCGCCGCUGCAGGACAGGUCCAACCCUUCGUUCUCGGUGAUGGUGCACCUUGCCAAGCGCUACCGUGAAGCUGAUGCCAUCCUCGUCAACUCCUUCGACGCCGUCGAGCCCGAGGUCGCCGAGGUGCUUCGCCAGCCAGAGUCCGGCCGGCCACCUGUGUACCCUAUCGGUCCACUCAUACGGCAGUUCGUCGGAAGCGAAGCUGAUGGCGCCGGAGCGCUUCCACCGUCACCGCGUGCGGCGUGCCUGGAGUGGCUCGACCGGCAGCCGGCCAGGUCGGUCAUCUUCGUCUCGUUCGGGUCCGGCGGCGCGCUGCCAAAGGAGGAGAUGCACGAGCUCGCGCUCGGGCUGGAGCUCAGCGGGCAGCGGUUCCUCUGGGUGGUGCGCAGCCCCAGCGACGAGGGCACGCUCAGCGACAACUACUACAACGCAGAGAGCAAGAAGGACCCCUUCGUCUACCUCCCGGAAGGGUUCCUGGAGAGGACCAAGGACGUGGGUCUCCUGGUGCCGUCGUGGGCACCGCAGACACAGGUGCUUGCACACAGGGCCACCGGAGGUUUCCUGACGCACUGCGGGUGGAACUCGACGCUAGAGAGCCUGGUGCACGGCGUGCCGAUGGUGGCCUGGCCGUUGUUCGCCGAGCAGCGGCUUAACGCGGUGAUGCUGGCGGAGGGGGUAGGAGCGGCGAUACGGUUGCCGGAGAGGAAGGAUAAGGAGACCAUCGCAGCGGUGGUGAGGGAGCUGAUGGCAGGGGAAGGGAAAGGUGCCAUGGUGCGGGUGAAGGUGGCGGAGCUGCAGAAGGCUGCGGCAGAGGGACUCCGUGACGGUGGCGCCGCCACGGCGGCGCUUGACGAGGUGGUGGAGAAGUGGGAAGCUGAUGAAGCGAACUAGCAGAAGGUGCCCGAUCGAGAACACCUAGCAUUGCAAUUGCAAUGCUCUGCCCAGCAGAGUAUGUCUGCAGUUUUAAGACAAAAUCUCAUGAGUUGUAUGUUCUUGAAUUGAAUCUCCCGUAGUUUUAUGUAUGCAAGGAUUAAGUUUACAGAGAGGACCAGUGGGUCGUUUCUUUGUUUGAUCUUCAUUUGUGUGGUCAUGUAAAUAAUCAUUGGAGGGACCUAGAUCAGAUGCAGCAGCAGUGUAGCACCUGAUCCGACCAUCCAGCAAAGGAUUCAACGUCCGUGACCAUUCGGACAUUACCACUCUAA